GAAUGUGACGGCCGGUUAUGUAAACUGCUUGACUCGGAGCGAGAGAAUCUGAGGAAAAGGAGAGGCGAAAAGGGUGCGAAUGGCGAACAGCUCGAAAAACCCUAAGAAGGCGAACCUCCUUGAUCCCCAUGCGAUCAAGCACGUUCUUGACGAAUCUGUUAAUGAGAUCGUGACGAGCCGGGGGUACCCGGAGGACUUCCGUCUGAGCAACUUGAGGCUGUUGAUCGGGACUGUGAUUAUUGCCAUUGCCCUACUUGCGCAGUUCUACCCUAAAAAAUUCCCGGAGAACAGGGAUAUCCUCAUCGGCUGCAUCAUAUUGUAUGUAGUUCUCAAUGGGAUCUUGCAAUUCAUUAGCUACACCAAGGAGAAAAAUGCGAUCCUCUUCACUUAUCCUCCUCCU